AUGGCCGUGGAUGCCCCGAGUCCCAACGCUGCGGAGAUCUCGAAGGCCAUCGAUCAAUGCGACGAGGGCACCUUGCGCCACAUCUUGCAGAAGGUGAUCCGAAAGGUUCCGGAAUGCCGGCGCAAGAUCGCGGAGGACAUGGGCCUCACUGCAGAGCUCUACCAAGUCUCAGAGGAGGAGAGGCAAAAGGCAAUCGCAGACCAGUACAGCGAGAUGAAGACGAGCACCAAGAACGAGUCCUCCGCCUCCGACGCGGUGGACUUCUGCGAGCGCGCCAAGUUCGUGCCCAUGAGGCUGACCUACGACGAGCGGAAGUACUUGCGGCUGAUUGAUGCCACCAUGCAUGUGUCCCACUACACGGACCACAUGGACACGGCGAUGAACGCCAACGCCAACACCGCCCGGAAGUUGGCGUCGAAGGGCCCAGAAUGGGUCACUUCGCCGGAGCAGUUGUUGGUGGGUCACAUCCGGAUGUUCUUGGAUGCUGGGUUCCAACAGGACUCGGAGGACGAUGUGAUCUCUGAGACGAUCGACUCCGAGGACGAGGUCUACUUGGACGGCCACUUGCCCAGCGAGCGAGGCGCGGCCGGCGCUGGCUCGCGGAAGCCGAAGGCGCUGCAGGCAGACAGCGAGGAGUCCGACUGCGACGACGCAGAGGUGGAGCGGCGCCGGCGCUUGGCGGGCCGCACCGACAUCCUAGGUCUCGACGGGUUUGCGCUCUUCUGUCUCAUUUGGGUGAUCACCACGGGAGUCCUCUUCUCCCUCCUCUACUUCACCAUCUUCGCGCGCGACCGGAACUUCUUCCAUCCCUUGGUACAGCGGAACCGGGUGGGCAAGUUCUUCCACGGCGGCGUGGCUGCGGUGCUGGAGCUGUGA